CAAGUGAAAUUUAGCAGCGGCAACAAUAACAGCAGCGUGGUGGAGCUUUCCAAGUUGACAACCUCCAUUUCAAGUUUCUAGUCUGUGUUAGCCGCUGACGUUGACCAUCUUCCUUCCUCAGCAAUUAUACAGAACAACACCACCAAUUACCAAACCCAGAUUUCAAUAAUCAUAAAUCAUAAAUCAUAAAUCAUAAAUCAUCAAUACAAAAACAAUGGGCCUCUUUUCAAUGGCCUUCGCAGGCGGAAGUUUCAUACUAAUUGGAGCUUGGGAAUCUCUCUCCUCUUCUUCUUCAUCCAAUAAACCUCGUAAUUUCUCCACAAUAACCCUAAUUUCAACCUUUUUCCUAUCUCUUCUCUUCAUCAUCGACUCUUUUCUCUCAUUCUUCAAUGCAAUCUCAUCAAACGACAAAUUGGGUUCUUCUCUUCAACUUCAGGUACUCGCAAUUUCCUCUCUUUUCUUAAUGUUUUCACUUCUUGGUCUCCUCAAUUUCUUCUCCAAAUCUUACUCUUUUCCUUACCCUUUACUCAAUUUGAUUCUUCUCUUCGCUUUUUUCGAAGAAUUCUUGUUGUUUCAUCUUCAUUUGAAGGAUUCUACUGGGAUUGAGAAUCGUUACUAUGAUUUAAUGCUUGUUCCCAUUUCAAUUUGUGUGAUUUCCACUUUGAUUGAGUUGAUUUCCCCAGAUUCCGGAAUCCCUAAAUUAGGUCGUGGGUUAGGGUUAAUCUUGAAGGGGACUUGGUUUGUGCAAAUGGGUUUUUCUUUUUUUACGGAUUGGAUUGCGCAUAAUUGUGAUUUGGGUUAUAAGAGUAGGGGGAAUUAUACGAUUAAGUGUAAGGGUCAUAUGGACUCACAUCGUGGUGGUGCAAUUGCUGUGCUGUUGUUUAAUUGCCACCUUGCUUUUCUUGUUGCUCUGAUUUGUGGGGUGUUUUCGGUUUUUGGGAGAAAUUUCGUUGGCGAGGGUAAUUACUCGAAUUAUCGGUCCCUUGGUGCGGAGAUGCAAAGGAUGGAGAACCAAGGAAGGUUUACUCUGGAUUCAGAUUCAGAUGAUGGUGGCAUUGCCGAGAUUAAACAAGAAGAAGGCGAUGCCGGGUUGAGACCAGAGAAUGGUGCUCUGGAGGUGGGUAUCAAUGGUCAUGGCUCUCAUUCUGUGAAUUAGGUAGAUUUGUGGUCUGAUUGAGUUGAAGCAUUUCUUGCUUUGAUGCGAAAGAUGGAAUUAUGCAUAGAUGAUGGAGGGGGUGAUGGGAGUAAUUCACGAAGGGAGUGGAUUGCGAAAAGGAAUUGAUACCCUGACUUAGAGUUAGAUAGCUGUGGUCGUCAUCUUUGUGUUAGGUGGUCAUAGCUACGAGUGUAAUGAAGCAUUCACAUUCAUUUCUUUUUGCCAAUGCUCUGUGUAUCAAGGCAUACUGUUGUUUAGUUUGUACUAUACAAACUUGGCCUAAGUUUUGCAAUGCAAUAGAACCAUACCUUUUCUUGCUCGUAUACUUUUUUGUUAUAAACGUUUGUAAUUGUGUGUAUAGUGUUGUGUCUUCUGUUUUUGUUCCUCAUCAAUAAAAAGGUUCUAUAGAUCGUUCUGUUGAU